AAUUGCACAUCGCUGUUGUUUUGCCGGUCCGGCUGAUUUUGACAGAUUAUUAAAAAUGUCCAAAUUUCCAACCACAACAAGGUUUGUCUAAUAAUUUUAUUUUAAAUAAAAUUAAAUUUCUCAAGCCAGUUAGAAAAAUUUGGCAAUCAAUCAAUAAACUUCAUGUGAUAUGAAGAUUGCAAUACGAACAAUUCUUGGAACAUCAUAUAUUUGUUUAUUGCGCCUUGCUCUAGCCAGCAUUUCAUCGGCAUCGUCCACUUGUGCAGCAACAAGUAACACAAUGUCAACCAUGUCAUCAACGCCAUCGGAAUAUAUACCAGGAUCAAGUUCAGUGGCAUACAUUACAACACCAGAUGAAGCAACCGCUAGUAAACUUGCCCGUUCAGUGGUGGAAUCGAACCUAGCAGCUUGUGUUAAUAUCAUCCCGAAAGUCAUAUCGAUUUAUAUGUGGGAAGGUAAAGUUCAAGAAGACAACGAGUGUUUGCUAAUGGUCAAAACAAGAACUAGUCGAAUUAAGGAACUUACUAAAUUCAUACGUGACAACCAUCCCUAUAGUGUAGCUGAAGUUAUAAGUUUGCCUAUUCAAGAUGGUAAUCCUCCGUACAUGGAUUGGAUAAAGAAUACAAUUAAGGAUAAAUUAGAGGAGGAAGAGAAAUCAUAAAUGAUUAUGGGUAAAUUUAGUCUGAAUAAAAUUAAUUUAACAAAACAAA